UCGCAAACUCAUCUCACAAACGUUUAAGAAAAGAAUACCUCUCGUUCCAUUGCCAAUCUCAAGAGCAUCGUAUCAUAUACGAAUCUCUCUUCUCUUUCCUCCAGUUUUUAGGGAUUGAAUUUGCGUAUCGCUGUUGUGAUAUCGGCAUCUGAUCGCUUUGUGUUUCAGUUUUUCAAUCGGGUUUGAUUUGAUUGAGGUUUCAUCAAGAAAGGUGUUUAGAGGAUCUUGGGUUUUUGGAUUUGAAUUUUUUCAUAUUGGCAAAGACUGAAUGAUCUAAUGGAGUCUAAAGGUGGCAAGAAGAAGUCUAGCAGUAGUAAAUCCUUACUUUAUGAAGCUCCUCUUGGUUACAGCAUUGAAGACGUUCGACCCCACGGUGACAUCAAGAAGUUCCGAUCUGCUGCUUACUCUAACUGCGUCCGAAAGCCAUCCUGAGAUCUUCUAACUGUUGACCGUUGUAGCUCUUUCUUUUAUUGCUUUUGUCUUCUAUUCUGCAUUUCUCUUCUACUUUGCUUGUUCUCUCGUUCUCGUCCUCUAGAGGUGUUGUUUUUUCCUUUGAGGCAAGAUGGCCUUGCCUGUUUCUGCUAUUGGAUUUGAAGGCUAUGAGAAGAGGCUUGAAAUAUCAUUUUCUGAGCCUGGAUUCUUUGCUGAUCCUGGAGGGAUGGGCCUCCGCUCCCUGUCCAAAUCUCAAAUAGAUGAGAUUCUCAAACCAGCUGAAUGCACCAUUGUUGAUUCACUUUCUAAUGAUCAUGUUGAUUCUUAUGUUCUUUCAGAAUCUAGUCUCUUUGUGUACCCUUACAAACUUAUUAUCAAAACUUGUGGGACUACCAAGUUGCUUCUUUCAAUCCCAGCAAUUCUGAAAUUGGCUGGUGCUCUUUACCUCACUGUACAUUCUGUGAGGUACACUCGUGGGAGCUUCAUAUUUCCUGGGGCUCAGUCAUUUCCACAUCGAAACUUCUCUGAGGAAGUAGCCGUCCUGGAUGGCCAUUUUGGCAAACUUGGUUUGGAUAGUGUGGCAUAUGUGAUGGGUAGUCCUGAAAAAGGCCAAAAAUGGCAUGUGUAUUCUGCUACUGCUGAUGUGGCGUGCCAUUUGGGUCGUGUUCACACACUUGAAAUGUGCAUGACUGGCUUGGACAGGGAACGAGCAUCAGUUUUCUACAAACAAAAUUCCAUUUCUGCUGCUGUGAUGACCGAGGAAUCUGGUAUUAGGAAGAUCCUUCCACAAUCUGAUAUUUGUGAUUUUGAUUUUGAACCAUGUGGCUACUCCAUGAAUGCCAUAGAAAGGGAUGCAGUUUCUACUAUUCAUGUUACUCCAGAAGACGGUUUCAGUUAUGCAAGUUUCGAAGCUGUGGGUUACAAGUUAGAGUAUGUGAAUUUGAGUGAGCUGCUUGAAAGGGUUUUGGCAUGCUUUGAACCAACUGAGUUCUCCAUUGCAUUGCAUUCUGAUGUUUUAGACGAUAAGGUGGGAAAGAAGUUAUUUCUGGAUGUGAAAGGAUAUUGGUGUGGAGGGAGGAACUAUGAAGAGCUUGGGAAGGGUGGAUCAAUCAUCUAUCAGAGUUUUGUGAAAUGCAAAGGCUGUGCAUCUCCAAGGUCAAUCCUCAAGUAUUCUUGGAGCGAGGAUGAGAAGGACGAGGAAGUUUGAAGAGAAAUAGGUCUUUCUUAAUAUUAUUAUUUUUUUAUGGCGUGUUUAUUUCUAGCAUGUAAUUGAAUAAAAGUCUCUCACGGGGUAUGAUUGAGAGGCGAGUUAUUGGUAUAUGUAUCGUUAGGGUGCUGUUUUAUUGUAAACCUUGCAUAUGUCGAAAUUUGUAUUCAAUAACCUUAACCUAAAUAAAUGCAAUUUGUGUU